AUGCCUUCAGCCUCAGACGUCUCGGGGUUCUCGGAUUCCGACUUCCAACCAGAUGAUGAUGCAGUGACAGAGGAGCAGGCAGAGGCAUGGAUGAGGGAAUAUCGAACACUGGCAAAGGCGAAACCGUUAUCCAAGGAGGAUAUAAAAAGGCUUGGAGAGCUUCAUUCUGACUUGAUGAACUACAGAUUUACUGACCCUGGCCGAUUUGACGAGAAAUUUCAGUUAAGCAACGGGAUAGAUCUCGAACUAGUUGAAGGAGCUUCACCAGACAAUUUGAACACCAACGAAGACCGAGAAGGCCCUCUCCAAAAAUCCAGCAAUCAUGUUGGCCAAAACGGCAAGGAACGCUAUCAGGAAAUAUCGCAAACUCCAGAUAGGCGAUCAACGAAGCCCACAGAUAUCAUCGGAAGACCAAUGAGAUUCCAAGAUAAAACAGAGCCUGUUGGUGUCCCAGUUGCAUGGUACAGCAGCAACUGGAAGAAGAAUCACCAGCGGAGGAUCUACCAAAUUGACUCAUCGGAUCAUUACAAGAUUGGAAAGGCAAAAAAUUGGGGACUUUCCGAGCUUGCGAAUCUUCCCGAAGUCUCGAGCAGCAAGGAAACUAUACUUGACAUACCAAUGAACAGCAGUCCGGUUCAUCACCAAUACAAUUUCAGUAACAUCGAAAAAUUCGUCGCUGUAGUCGCGCCAUACUCUGAAAACGCGAGUCAUGAAUUCCAACCUGAGGUACUUCUUACACGGCCGACCUAUGUUCUGAUCAAGUGGAAAGAUAUCCUUCCCCAACAUCUGAAGCACUCUUCUCUAAUGGGAGAUUGCAAAAGUUUCAUUUUGAAGAGUAAGCUUCUGGGUGCCGUUUCAAAAAUCAAUGGGAUUACUUUGAGAGGUUGGAUUGAGAACCUUCGUGGCCAAAUUAAAAGUGAAUAA